AUGAGUAUAGGCCUGAAAUGGAAAAUACACGUAGACGUUUGUAAUGGCGAGGAAAAGUAAAUUCACGUGCAGUGUAUUUAAUCUGAAACUAGGACACUUUAUUGUGCUAGUGAUAAUGACACUUGCUUGUGUUUAUAUAAACUGGAAUAAUUUCAUAGAUCUUGAGCCUGUAACAAGUUCGGAGCGAAACUUAGAUAUUCCAAACAGAGAACUGUCGUUCCAGACAGACGGACAUGUCUUUAAGGACUACACGUUUUUAUCUCGAAAACGACAUUCAGAAUUCACCACGAACUUACAUUUUUCCUUCAGCGAAGAUGCAAACACAGUCUGUGGUUCCUCCAGUGAAUUGUCGUCAGGCCUUUAUUCGAACUUGUCUCUGCUGAGUCACAACAUACACACAAACGAACUGCAUGUGUUGAUCCGUUUGUAUGACGUCACAGGACGACCGAAAAGUCGCGGGGGAGAUGUGGUUACAGUGCGGGCACUUAAGCUUCCAUCUAGUGGUUCGAUGAAUACCAAAACAGAAGAGCCUGUUGCGGUCGUUGCUGGUACAGUGACCGACAACGGAGAUGGCACGUACGUCGCCAUUGUAAAGGUGUUUUGGUCGGGACCUACGGAGAUUCGUGCCAUAAUUGCUUCUCAAUACGCAAACUCCUGCAGGCGGUUCUUGGCCAUGGAGCUUUAUGGGGAUUCCGUGUAUUCUUUGAAGAGCCCUUACGGUGUGUGGGUCAUAUUUCAAGAAACAAAUUUUACAGAAAGUACACCUUGUUCUGCUGUGCCUAAUGUUGUAGGCUACGAUAAGAUAUGCAACCUAACAAAACACAAUUUUAACAUGACAAUUUAUUGUGGGCAACCUAAAAGUCGACUACUCUCUUGCAGAUCUCCUAUAGUUUUAUGGACACCUCGGAAAUUCGACGUACUUAAAAGAAACGAUUCCGGUAUUAUAUUUUGUCCACUUGUGGCUGAACUUAAAAACACAAUCGUAUUGAACAUUUCCGCAUCGUGUUCAAAUACAAAUAGAUACUUUGCGGGAGAGAAAAGUGUAUACAACUUCGAACUAAAUCAAACUGAGUGCAAAAUCCGAUCAGCACUGUUUUCAUGGAAUGAAACAUACCCAACAGGACUGGGGGUUAACCAUGGCUGGCGAAUGCUACACUGCCGCCACACGCAGGUCAGGGAUACAGCCACCAUUCGGCGCUGCUUCGCAGGGAAACGAUUCUACACCAUGGGGGAUUCCACUGUGAGGCAGUAUUUCGAAAAUAUCAUAUCAAAACUUAAAUCAACAAAUCAUAUUCGAAAGUAUGUUAAUGGUUUAUUAUUCACUGAUACAAGACAGAAUAUGCAUUUUGAAUGGUCAAUCCAUUCUAUGCCGUACCACUGCGGGGGGAGCGUCGCCAAAUGUGUUUCUUCUUCCAUUGCUGGCAAACUUUUGGACAUACUAUACAAACGUUCACUGUCCAUCGAUGGGUCUGAGAUAAUCAUUUUAAUAACAAUGAACACACAUCUCCAAAAGUACCCCCUGGAAGUUUUGCGAAGAAGACUAAGAAGUUUAGUUAAACCAAUUACCAUGUUGAAAGCAAAGUAUCCUCUUUCGAAAGUACUUUUUAAAGGGCCGCACCAGUGUUCACAAGAUGAUAAGUGGUUUGAUGUCAGAAUAGCCCUUAUGUACCGUGAAAUAAUUUAUGAGGAAUUAAACUCUAUUCUAGACAAGGUAAUUUACCUUGACACAUUUUCUAUAAGUGUCGCGUAUGGCAGCAUAAUGCUUCACCCAGAAGGCCAAACCCUGGAUGCUCAAAUUGAUCAAUUUCUGGCUUAUGUAUGCUGAGUAUCAUCCGAAAACAAAUCCAUUCGCCUGAUAAUAAAAAUUAAAGGUAAUUUGCAAAUUAUCUUUUACAUUCAAAUAAUACAGGCUAUAAUAUAAACCAAUUUCCUUCUGGAAUUUCGUAUACUCCAUUUUCCCCCAGAACAUGGUAUUUACUUAAUUUUCCCACAAAAUAUGAUAUAAAGCCAUUUCCCUCUGGAAUUUCGUAUAUUCCCAUUUGCCUCCAGAAUACGGUAUUUACCUAAUUUUCCCACAGAAUAUGAUAUAAAGCCAUUUCCCUCUGGAAUUUGGUAUAUUCUCAUUUGCCUCCAGAAUACGGUAUUUACCUAAAUUUCCCACAAAAGGGGCAUUCUGGACAACAGUCUGUUGUUUUAGAUUUAAUUAAAGCACACCUAUUCGAAUAUAAUACUAAGUUCACGACACAAUUCAAUAUGCCAUGAAUUAAGAAAAAAUGUAUAUUUAUAAAUGUAUUUCAUCACUACUGACCGAAACUGCUACAACGCCACAUAUAUAGCCUUAAUUGCAUUUCCAUUUUGAAAGUGUAAUGUUUGGAAAAAUAAAAGACACAACUUCU